CAUCAUUUACUCUUGUCCAUACCUUGAUAUCUUAACCGCAAAAAUGCCGGGAACUCCUACAACAAACACCACCCUACUCCAUAAUCCGGAGCUUUGUACUCUGGACACAUGUCCCAUGGAACUAGCAAACAUCGAAUAUGUCCCUAACCUUGCGGGUAACAUCUUCUUCGUUGCAAUCUUUGGCCUGGUCCUUGCCUUCCAACUCGGCUUCGGCAUCAAAUACAAAACGUGGAGCUACAUGAUCGCCAUGAUCGGCGGCCUAGCACUAGAAAUCAUCGGCUACGUUGCUCGCAUCCAGAUGCAUUACAACCCUUUUCCAUCGGACCCUUUUCUCAUGUACCUCGUCUGCCUAACAAUCGGACCUGCCUUCCUCUCCGCCGCCAUCUAUCUCUGUCUCUCCCGGAUCGUCAUCGCAUACGGUGAAAAAAUCCCAUUCUUCCGCGCCCGCACCUACACCAUCCUCUUCAUCACGUGCGACAUCAUUGCCCUAAUUCUGCAAGCCGCCGGUGGCGCCAUCGCCUCCACCGCCGACGACAAAGACACCUCAGACAUCGGCAUCAACAUCAUGGUCGCCGGUGUCUCGUGGCAAGUGUUCAGUCUCUUCCUCUUUGUGGGACUGUGCACGGAUUUCGCCCUCCGCACGCGCCGUGCCGCCGCCCACCAAUUCAACCCGUUCUUCGAGGGCCUGCGCCAGACGAAGCCCUUCCAAGGUUUCCUGCUGAGUUUGGGAGUUGCGACUCUAACCAUUAUUACGCGGUCGGUGUUCCGGUGCGCGGAGCUCAGUGAGGGGUUUGAUGGCAAGUUGGCCAAUGAUGAGAUCACGUUCAUGGUGCUUGAGGGGGCGAUGAUUGCUGCGGCGGUUAUUGCGCUUACGGUCUAUCACCCGGGAUGGGUGUGGAAGGGACAGUGGAAUGAUGCGGUCUGGAGUGUGCGAUCGGAUAAGGGCGAUAAGGGUGGGUAUAAGGGGGUUGUGCUUGAGGGUAAUGACGAGAGUUAUCGCAUCGGGUCGAAUGAGAGGAUGGUGAAUACGGCGUAUGAUGGGCCGCACGCUUGAUUGGGAUUUAAUGGGUUAUGAUUUGUUGAAUGGUACUUUUAAUUUUGGGAUUAUUUUUCUGCUGCUUUGGAGAUACGAUUAGACCACU